GUCACUACUUGGUGAUUUAAAUUGCAGUGGCAGAAGUUCGCUGGUGGGAACAUAUUGGACAGUCUGGUGCCAUCACACGUCUCCUCUCCUCACAGUUAAAACAAUUGGGAAUUUUCUCCGCAUACAGGACAAGUGAAGCGUGAGAGUCCAGAUUUGGCUACAAGUGGCUGGAAAUGUUUGCUAGAGUGGCCAAGCAGCUCACACAAGAGCUGGACUCUGACGGGAGGCUCAUUCCUAUAUCCAGCUUGGCUAGUGCCGAUCGUUACAGACUCUUCUCUUUGGUCAUGAAGGAAGAGUCCAGGCUGCCUUGGCAACCCAGAAAAUAUCUCGCCACCCCCUACAAACUUACAGAUGUAUUCAAAGAAGGAACAACUAUGGAUGCAGAGGUGAAAUAUGAUGAUCUGUUAGGAUACUCCGAGACCACAGGCCAGAAUGCAGGAGGAAAGCUCAGCCUUAAGUUACAGACCACUGAGGUGGACUUUGGUGGCUCAGGGAAGAGUUCAUUCUCUGUCUCUCAGAUAUCCGUGAGAAAAGCCUACGUGGUUGAAAAAGGGCAGUGGAAAAUUGACACAUCGCACAAGUUCAUAAAAGAAUUUUCAGGCUCCCCUAGGAGGAAGUUGUAUGUCGUGACUGAGGCUUUUGAGAUAAAGGAACCAUUGCUCAUUGAGAAGACGAGCCAGGGAGGAGGCAAAGUCAUGAUUACAGCAGGGGAAAUAGGUGGAAUACAGGGGCGGGGCAAGAGCAUUAAAAAGAAGAUGAUGCUGAUUCCUCAGGGCACAGUGCUGGCAUAUGUCGUACAACCCCUGAAUAUCCAGAAGGAAAUAACUCUCUGUGCCAGUGCGGAUUUACAAAACUGGAAAUCUUCAUUUGUUUCUGAUGGCUUCAAGGAUGAGUCACAGCCUUCACUAACAGUAUUUCAGGAAGUGAAGGGCACCAUCAAAAGAGAAUGUGAGCCGCUGAUGUCUCUGAGUCAGGAUUUCAGGAUCAAACUGCUGGGAACCUUUAAGAGUUUUCUGCAGGACGGUGAUGUUAUAUCAGAUGUUAAAACUGUGCUGGAACUGUUCUUGGCAGGGGGUCAACCUAAGCACUCAAUGUUGGACUCAUUGGAUAAAAUUCUCCGGCCUCAGGUGGAAAAUUUGCUCCAUGAUUUAGGAGUUUCCUGUGAGAAUCAGAGAGAAGAAGCCCCUUCCUUAUUGCAACCGGUACACUUCCUGUGUUCUUCUUUAGAAGAUCUGGACGUUAGAGUGCUGCCCCUGCUUGUGACCUGCAUAGAGAAGAACAUGGUGACCAAGCAGCUUGCGCUGAUGAAUGACAUCUUGGAGUGGGGGCUUCUUUCCAGUGACGAAGCAAGCAUCUUCAGCCUGGCCUCUUCUGUGCCAGAAGAAGAAAAGAACAUAACUGCAGAAAUGAUGGAUACGUGCGGACUGAUUCCAGAGACAGACAGACCCUCUCUCACCUACCUGUGGAAUAAGGAAGCCCAAUCAAACCUAACUGUACUGUAUGCAGCCUUGUAUGCUUUGUGGAUUCUAAGUGAGUGAUACCAGUUUAAGUGGGAGGGUGUAAAUAUAAAAAAUGUGGAUCAACAAAGAGCUACAAAUCAUCCCCCUAAAGUAGGGUUGGGCAAAUUACAGCCCGCGGGCCACAUCUGGUCUGUCAGACCAUUUAAUCCGGCCCUCAGCUCCCGCUGGGGAGCGGGGUCUGGAGCUUCCCCUGCUCCCGCCCUCCAGCAAGGGAACAGGGUUGAGUGCUUUCCCCACUCCGCUGCCCCAUCUGCAG